AUGGCCUCUGCCAGUGACGAUCCCGUCGUCCGCGUCAGCACCGUCCCAACUCCCGCUGACAAUCCAGCUCCCGCCUCGUCGCUGCCGUCUCUACAGCCUCUGACUCGCUCGAACUCGACCCUCUCGUCUUCAGCCAAGUCAGACAUGAUUCCGCCGCAUGGCUCGGAUGACAUCCCCGACGACAGCAGCAUCAAAAAACCUGCAGCCUCCCACGUCUCCCUCUCCCUCCUGUCAGCCUUUGGUCGGCUCCCGGACGAGAUCAUCCAACAAAUCCUCCUCGAUGUCGACUCCAACUCGUUUGCCUCCCUCGUCCUGCUCAACUCCAAAUGGCGCCUCGUCUCCCAACAGGUCCAUCUCUACGCCCACCAUCUGGCACACUCUCCCUCCUAUGCAGCUAGCCAUAAAAACUUCCUCGCCCGAUUAGCUAAGCGACGACAGCCUGAUGACGACAACGACGACGAUGACAGCCUCCUCCAGGAGCUGCGUCGCGACUUUGCCCGCGAGGUCAAGCGCAACCGCUUCGAUGCCUACCUCCGGCCCAACCGCACCUUGAUUCGCCUCGUCUCCAACUCCAUCAGCAGCUCCUCCAGUCCCGGUGGCGACGGCAUGCUCUUCCAGGCCUCUCCCAAGGGCCACCACCUGCUCGCCUACAACUCUUCCCGCAUCUACCUCCUCGACCUGCGCCGUCCUGCUGUCGAGGUGCGCCGUGAGCUCAAGGUCUUGCGUCGUCCUGCCGCUAUCUGCAUCCCCGACGACGCCUCCACUCUCGCCGUCCUCCUCACAGCCAUGCAGGUCGACCUCUACGAUCUGCGCCAGUCGCCUCCCCGCCGCACUCAGUCCAUCCUUCUGGAUCACAGCCCUCGCGCCAUCGCUCUCAGCCCCUGUGGCUCCGUCCUUGCCGCUGCCUUUGACGGCGGUAUCGAGGUCUCCUCCCUCGGCCCCGGUGCCAUGGACACCGACCGUCGCUCCGUCAAGUGCGAUCCUGUCGACACUCUCGCCUUUUCCUAUGACGGCACCCAGAUCCUCGGCACUACCAUCCACGCCGCCCAGCCCAACACCGUCAUCCUCACCGCGCCCUACUACGAUCCUGGCAGCCACGCUGCCGGCGACGACAUGGGUGCCCUCUGGACCACCUCCAUCCUCUUUCCCAACACCAGCCGAGACUGUGGCCAUGCCGUCCUCCUGCAAGACUCUGCCCGCGAGGAGGCCUUCUGGACUUUCGCCUACGACCGCAGCUUCGAGACCUUCCGCGCUGUCCGCAUCGACGACCUCCGCAACGGGACGACCUAUUUUACUGGCCCCAUUCCCACCACUGCCUCCCAGGCCCGCCUGCUUCCCUGCACCCUUCCUGCAGCCUCGUACCACAGCGAUCUCGUCUGUGCCGGCUUCGAGGACAAAGACAUCUGGCUUUACGGCGUGCCCGAGGAUCUCGAUGCCGUCCCGGACCAGACUGCCUUGGAAAACGCCGAUUCAUCAUCUGCUGGCGGCGCCUCUGGUGCCGUCACCCACAGCAGCUCCCGCUCCAGCGGCAGCCCGUCGAUGCGUGCCGCAUCCACUCGUCUGCAAGAGCCUGGCAAUAGCAGCGCCUCCGUUCGCGUGCCACAAUGGCAGCUGCUCUGUGACAAGCUGCGGAACACGUUUAUUGCCGGCUACCGCAUCGGCGAGCUGCCGGGCAUGAGCAUGGUCAAGUGGGUCGAAGGCUUUGGCGACUCGUCCCUGCGCGAGCGUCUCGUCGUCUGCGCCCGCGGCGUCUCUCCACCCAAGCCCAUCUCGUCGGAAGACGACGACAUGGACUUUAUUGACGGUGGCCGGCUGCUGCUCGUCGACUUCGACUACAGCCUGGCCGAUGGCAGAGAGACCGAGAUCACUAUCGAGGUGGGCAACAAGGAGCCCGAAGAGCUGGAGGAAGAGCGUCGCGACUUGGACACCGAGGUUGCCAUUGUCCGUCGCCGCACUGUGGCCCAGAGGAGGGGAGGUCGUGGCACCCUCAUGCGCUCUGCCACGGCCGCCGUCGCACGGUCUUCGACCACUCUGGCGGCAAGUAGUAGCAUCGGCGGCGACAGCAACGACGACAAUGACGACGACGAUGACCCUCUUAGGCCGCGCCGCAUCAGUGUUCUUCCCGAUCGUCGGCAAAACCAGACGUCUGCCCGAUCGGAGAAGGAUGCAGAAGCAGCAGGUGCAGCAUCAGGGCCAACAGCGAGGACAGAUAUCCCACAGACAGUGGCCGAAGAGGCUGCCGAGACGGAAUCGAUGCUCGAGCAGGAGGCCUUCGACGCCCCGUACUCACAUGCCAACCCGCGCUCUGGCACGACAUUACGACGUGCCGCCACAGCCGCGGCCAACAACCGUCGGCUCAACCUCCAGCCGGCCACGACGAGCAGCGGCACCCGGGCCGUCUACCGCCAUGCCAACGGUCGGCGCGAGCUGCCACACGAGAGCGACGCCGACAACUGGGUUCCCCCUCCGCCACCUUACCAGGAGGAAGACCCCAGGGACCUGCCGGCCUUUUUGCGCCACAACGUCGCCCCCAUCUCGGCACCUGGCCAGAAUGUCUCUGUUGCCCCGGUAUUCCCUCCUGGGUCAGCUGUGUCUGCUAGACCGACAACGAGCCCAUCAACCAGCCGACCAGUCUCGCUGCUCUCGACAUAUAGCGCAGAUGACCUGUAUGAUGCGACACCGCGCGCGACACCACAGCCUGCUGGGCAGAGCCCGAGCACCAUACAGCGCGAUACAGCGAAUGGCACCGCCGCCAGGAUGCCAAACGAGCCCCCGGCAGUGCCAUCACUGGUAUCGGCUGCGUCAUGGAACGUCACCUCUCAGCAUCAAGCGUACGACCAGACUGCGUACGUUCCCAGGCCACUGGAAACCGUACACACCUGGCCGUCGCGUCAGCCGUCUGUGUCCGCCCGUGGCGAUGGCAGGAGAGGGCAGCCAGGGGCGGCUGUCAAUGGAGGCUUUGUCCGAGUGUCGGAAAACGAGCAGCAACCACGACGGACGUCAGGCGCCGGAUUUCAGAUGUCCCGCUUGCCUGUUGACCGAGCCCGACAGUCGCAGGGAGCAUGGGCAGGUGCCGCGGCCGGUGACAACAGGACUUGGAAUGAGCUAGAUCAACGCCCGUACCCGACUUCUCCGAACCAUCCGCAGCCCCUGGCAGCACCGGCGGUCGAAGACCAGCCGCUCAUCAUCAGCACGCCACAGGGCGUGUCGGGCGCCUUUGACGCGCCGAGGUCGAGCAAAGCGGACGGACAGCAAGAGACUCCGAUCUUGGCUCCGGUGGCGCGCCAUCCGCAAGCCCAGGAGCGCUCAGCUAUGCUGCGUGAACGGCUAGAAAUCAUGUCUGGGGGCGGGAACUCGGGCCAAGUGCAACAGCCGCGCCAGCAGCCGCUGCCGCUGUUUAUGCCGUUGACCGGCGUUGGCAACCCGGCUUCGGUGACAACGGCGACGCGCCAAUCGAGUCUGGGCAGGAGAGUGAGCCGUGCAGAGCGCAGCGCGGCCAAGAACAUUGCAGAUGCCAAGAAGCGUGGAUGGCAGCGAAAAAACAGCAAGAAGGCAAAGAAAGGCAAGGAGGUGGCUGGCACGGCAGUCAGGCCGUCUAGAACGGGCUUGUCGGUUGCCACCUUGCUGCUGCCACCGCAGAGCGAACGGACAAGAAAGAAGAGGAGGAGCAAGCGGAAGGAGCGCGACUUUGACCUUGCGAGCAGCGCUGCCUGGACCGAUGUCACGGCCCUGUCAAUGGCAGAUGGGACGGGGCCGGUGGUUCCGACUGGGCCGAACUCGUCGUCAGCGCAUGUGAUGCAGCAGAUGCAGGCGCAGAUGCAGAUGCAGCAGCAUCAACAGCAACAGCAGCAACAGCAGCAACAGCAGCAACAGCAGCAACAGCAGCAACAGCAGCAACAGCAGCAACAGGGGAGCAGAGGGAAAAACGCAAAAUGCGCCCUUAUGUGA